CCGGAAAGGGACGCCACUCGCGCUCGCGCCCGCACUCGUCUCGUCGUCAUCGUCAGGACUCAGGAGAGCAGAGGCGAUGGCGGCGUCGGCGGCGUCCGGGAAGGUCCUGCCGCUGCUCGCCGUGGCGGCGGCGCUCGCGGCCGCGCUCCUCUACGCCGCGCCCUUCUCCAAGAGCCUGGGCGGCGAAGGGUGCAGCCUCCUCCAGCACGACCACUUCUGGAUCGCCAGCGAGCGGGUCGUCACGCUCGGCCGCGUCGGCCCCGCCGCAGUGGAGGUGAAGGGAGGGCUGAUCAACGCCAUCGCGGUGGGCGACUACCGGAGCUUCGUGCUCCGGCGGCCGCUCGUCGACUACGGGGACGCAGUCAUCAUGCCCGGCCUCAUCGACGUGCACGCGCACCUCGAUGAGCCUGGGCGAGCGGAGUGGGAGGGGUUCUCCACCGGCACCAGAGCCGCCGCUGCAGGUGGCAUAACAACGUUGGUAGACAUGCCCCUCAACAGCUUCCCUUCAACGGUUUCUCAAGAGACUCUCAAACUCAAGUUGGAUGCGGCUCGGGAUAAACUAUAUGUUGAUGUCGGGUUUUGGGGAGGCCUUGUACCAGAGAACGCCUUGAACCCAAGUAAAUUGGAGAGCCUACUGAAUGCAGGAGUGUUAGGACUUAAGUCCUUCAUGUGUCCCUCUGGUAUCAACGACUUCCCCAUGACAAAUUCAACUCAUAUCGAGGAGGGCCUGGUUACAUUAGCAAAGUACAAGAGGCCCUUACUUAUCCAUGCAGAACGCAUACCGGAUGUCGCGAGUGAUGAUGAGCUUGAUGGCGAACUAGAUCCUCGAUCUUAUGCAACAUAUCUCAAGUCAAGACCAGCAACAUGGGAGGAAUCAGCUAUCAGAGAUUUGAAACGUGCCAUGAAGGACACAGAAGUGGGUGGUCGAUCAGAAGGAGCUCACCUUCACAUUGUUCAUCUCUCAGAUGCAGAAACCACCCUCGACCUUCUAAAGGAUGCGAAACAGAGUGGCGCAAGACUCAGCAUAGAAACCUGUCCACAUUACCUCGCAUUUUCGGCCGAAGAAGUUCCAGAUGGGGAUACUCGUUUCAAGUGCUCUCCUCCUAUACGCAAUGCCGCCAACAAGGAAAAUCUCUGGGGAGCUCUGCUUGAUGGCCACAUCGACAUGCUCAGCUCGGACCACUCGCCGUCGACUCCUGAUCUCAAGCUGAUGGAGGAAGGCAACUUCAUGAAGGCAUGGGGAGGUAUAUCAUCUCUGCAGUUUGUUCUCCCUGUAACCUGGUCACACGGGAAAAAGUACGGCAUCACGCUGAAUCAGCUAGUCUCGUGGUGGAGCGAGAAGCCCGCUGAGCUUGCAGGGCAAAAGAACAAGGGGGCUAUCUUGCCGGGAUACCACGCUGACAUUGUGGUCUGGAAACCCGAGGCGCAGUUCCAUCUCGACGACAGCCAUGCUGUAUACCACAAGCACAGGAACAUUUCGGCGUAUCUAGGGAAAGAGCUCUCGGGCCAUGUCCUGUCAACGUUCGUGAGAGGGAAUCUUGUGUUUGCCGAGGGAAAGCACGCCGGGGCUGCUUGCGGUGUGACCAUCCUCGCAAAAGAAAUUGAGAAAGAAAUCGGGUCCUGCUCCAUCUCCGCCGCUUGCACACCUCUCAGCACAGACAAGGGCCCCGCCACUAGGGACGCGACCACUUGGGAAGCGGUAUUUUCUUUUGUAUUUUGGAUAAGGCUGAGCGCAGCCGCGCGUUCCAACUCCCAGCUCCGUCUCCGGCGGGAAGCGGAGACCUCCCGCUCCGACGGCAAUGGCCGCCACCACCACCCCACACCCCACCCUCCUUCCCCCGUACACACUCCCCAGCAGGAUUUCCCUCCCCAUCCGCCUCCUACGCACUUCACACGCUCCGCCGCGACCGCGACGAUUCAGGACGGCCGCCGCCUCCCGAACCCUAGCGUCCCCCUCCCCGUCGGAAACUCCGGGGGCGGCGGAGGAGCUACGUCUGGAGACGGAGUCCGCGCUCGAGUGGGGCGGCGUGUGCGCGCGGCUGGCCGACUUCGCCGCCACCGCCGCGGCCGCGCCGCCUGCGCGGAGGGCCGGGUCCCCGUCGGCCGGAGCCGGGAGGAGAGCGAGCGGCUGCUCGAGCAGACCGCCGCAGCCGUGGCGUUGCUAUCGUCGUUGACGCCGCUGGAUUUCGGCGGCGUGGGCGACGUGUCGGCGGUCGUCGCCGCCGCGGCACGGGGACGGCUGCUCGCGGUGAGGGAGAUAUGCGGCGUCGGGCGCAGCCUCCGGGCCGCGCGAGGCGUGUUUGAGCAGCUCAACGGGCUCGCCGAGGAGAUGCCAGAUGGGAGGUACUCUCCUCUUCUGGAUAUACUGCAGGACUGCGACUUCUUGACAGAACUCGUACAGAUGAUAGAGUUCUGCCUCGACUCCAAUCUUUCGAUGGUCCUCGACCAGGCCAGCGACAAACUAGGAACGAUCCGUAAGGAAAGGAGGAUGAACAUCGACGUGCUAGAAUCUCUGCUGAGAGAUGCAUCCACGAAGAUCUUCCAGGCCGGUGGGGUUGACAGCCCUCUGGUCACUAAGCGCCGCUCUAGAAUGUGUGUUGGUGUUAAAGCUUCGCACAAGCAUUUGGUCCCUGGCGGAAUUGUUCUGAGUUCCAGUGGCUCUGGUGCGACGUACUUUAUGGAGCCCAGAGAUGCUGUCCAGCUGAACAACACGGAAGUAAAACUUGCAGGCGAUGAGAGAGCCGAGGAGCUGGCAGUAUUGGGCUUGCUAACUUCAAGGAUAGCAGCUUCCCGACUGAAGAUCAGGCAUUUGAUGUGGAAAAUAUUGGAACUGGACCUGGCUUGUGCUAGAGGUUCAUAUGCCCUACAGAUAAAUGGUGUGAGGCCAGCCUUCAGUGACAGGGACAACAGUACUCAAUUGGAUCCAAGCAGCGCAUGUUCAGUAUUUAUCGAGGGCAUUCAGCAUCCUUUGCUCCUUGAGCAGUUCCGUGGAAUUGUGAAAGAAUCAGAUGACGAAGUGGGGAAUGGACAGCUUUCUGAUGAAGUCUGUGUCUCUGCGAUGCCUGUUCCGCUGGACAUGCGUGUGAAGAACGAUACUAGGAUAGUUGUGAUCUCUGGACCGAACACUGGAGGUAAAACCGCCACUAUGAAGACCUUGGGAUUGGCCUCUCUGAUGUCAAAGGCUGGCAUGUUCUUCCCAGCCAAAGGAAGACCUAGGCUCCCGUGGUUUGAUCAGGUUCUUGCAGACAUUGGUGACCAUCAGUCGCUGGAGAAUAGCCUCUCUACCUUCAGUGGGAACAUAUCACGUCUUCGCAAGAUUGUACAAGUUGUAUCGAAAGACUCUCUUGUUCUUAUUGACGAGAUUGGCAGUGGUACUGAUCCAUCAGAAGGUGUAUCCCUUUCAACCAGCAUUUUGAAGUAUCUUGCUAGCAGACUAAACUUGGCCAUCGUGACAACCCAUUAUGCUGAUCUAAGUCGUCUCAAAUCUGUUGAUGGUCGAUUUGAGAAUGCUGCAAUGGAAUUUUGUGUGGAAACUCUGAAACCAACAUAUCGAAUCUUAUGGGGCAGUACUGGUAAUUCCAAUGCAUUAAGCAUUGCAAAGUCAAUUGGUUUUGAUCAGAAAAUACUUGACCGGGCACAAGAAUGGGUAGAAAAAUUAUUGCCUGAUAAACAGAAGGAACGUCAAGGUUUACUUUACGACUCUCUACGAGACGAACGGAACCUUCUGGAGGCUCAGGCAAAUGAAGCAGCAUCUGUUCUUUCAGAUGUUGAGGGGCUGUACAAUGAGAUUCUUUCAGAAGCUGAUGACCUAGAUAAUCGAGUAGCUGCUUUGAGGGCAAUAGAGUCUCAGAAGGUACAACAAGAGUUGAAGUUUGUGAAGACUCAGAUGGACCUGAUAAUCAAAAACUUCGAAGUUCAACUUCAGAAUUCAAAACUUGAACAGUACAACUCAGCAAUGAGGAGAGCAGAAGCUGCGACUGCUUCACUGGCUGCUGCCCAUCAGCCAACUGAGUUUACUUUUAGUGACGAUGAAAACAAGAGUUCUUACGUUCCACAAAUUGGAGACAAAGUGUACGUUGAAGGGCUGGGAGGGGGAAGCACGGCUACUGUUGUUGAGAUACUCAGUGAAGAUGGGAGCUGUAUUGUUCAGUAUGGGAAAAUAAAGGCCCGGACCAAGAAUAACAAGAUGAAGUUGGCCCAAAGAGACACAAAGGAAACAUUAGCUUCCUCCGUACAAAGAAAGGGACGGUUAGUGAAGCGGUCUCCAGCAGAGGCAACGCAGGGCGCCAGCAUCUCCUUCGCCCCGGCCGUGCAGACGUCCAAGAACACGGUGGACCUGAGGGGACUGCGGGUCGCUGAGGCAUCCCACGAGCUCCAGAUGGCCAUUGACGGGUGCAGGUCCUACCAGGUCCUCUUCGUCGUCCACGGUAUGGGCACGGGGGCGGUGAAGGAGUGCGCCCUCGGUAUCCUCCGCAGCCAUCCCCGGGUGGCCAAGAUCGAGGAUGAGAGCCCCCUGAACUACGGCUGCACCGUCGCCUACAUCGAGUGAACGGAUCGCACUGGUCCAUCGCGAAGAUACAACAGCACCGCUUGUACAUUCCAGAAUCCAGAUCAUUAUACACAACAGAAUUGGAACUAUACUUUACUGCAUACAAUUCCUUGGAUAAUCGAAUUUGAGGCUCUA